GGAAAUGCAUGAAGGGGAGGGGAGCUGGGACCUUUCCUCUUGCUUGUUCAACAAAAAAAAGAAAGAGCAAGCCAGCAACUGGUAGCACUUCAGAGGCAGGACCUAAACUAACGCAACUCUCCCCAGCUUCCUCUCUUAUGGAGCACGAUUGUAGAACCAAAGGAGGCUGAUGCUGUGGAGCCAAGAAAGCUGCCCGCCUGCUCGUGGGGGCGGGAGGCUCUUACUGAGCUCUAAUCUUCCCAACAAAGAUCGCCUGUGACUUUUUCUGGCUGCUGCUUUAAAGCUAAGGGGUGAAAAGGGGCGGGGGAGAAGACAGGCGGAGAGGAAGAGAAAACAGACAAGAAGUGAACUUUUGACAGACUGGGAAAGGGGUCGAGAGAGGAGUGCGGGUUGCUCCGAAACAGGACCCCCGAGGAACGCGGGCGAGAUGGGGCUGUUUCUGGGCCCCUUGUGAGAUGUGUUUGCAGGCCCCCUUUCCCGCUUUGCAUCCUCUGCCUAUGCAGUGGCCAUGAACCGGCCGAUGGACCAGGAGAUGAUCGAGCUGAAGAACUUGGGGCUGGAGAAGCAGCUCGACCUGACGCGGGGCCCGCGAGGCACGUCUGAACGCCCCGUCCGGCUGGAGCGGGCCAACGCCCUGAGGAUUUCUCCGGGGAAAGUGCCCGAGAUCUUGAGCCGCGUGCGCCAGAUCCGACUCCUGGGCGGCCAGAGCGACCCCAAACUGACCGAGGAGCUGGGCGAGGGGCAUGUCUUCAAGCCCUGCGCGCAAAGCCAGUCGACCUGGUGUGAUCUGUGCGGGGAAUUCAUCUGGGGCGUGUACAAGAAGCGUCUGCAGUGCAUCCACUGUAAGUUCAUCUGUCAUUACCGAUGCCGCACCCUUAUCCGGCUAGACUGCAGUGGCCCCAGAUAUGAAGACAGUGAACAGAAUGAAGGCAACGAGCAGACAGUAGAAAAAGACACCAAUGUGGAUGAACAGAUCGACUGGGACAAGCCAGUUCUGUCCCAAACUGAGAUUGAGCAAAGGAUAAAAGAAUACAACAGUCAGAUCAACAGCAACCUCUUCAUGAGCUUGAACAAAGAUGGUUCCUAUACUGGUUUCAUCAAGGUGCAAUUAAAGCUGAUACGGCCUGUCUCAGUACCUGCCAAUAAGAAGGCGCCCUCUAUCCAGGACACCAGGAAGUGCUCCUCACGCAGCCAGGCAGUAAAGCGGCGCACCUCAUUCUACCUACCCAAGGACACAAUCAAGCACCUGCAUUUAAUUUCUUGUACACGUGCCAGUGAGGUCAUUGAAGCUCUGCUGAAGAAAUUCAUGGUAGUUGACAAUCCCCGCAAGUUUGCCCUCUUUGAGAGAACAGAAAAGGAUGACCAAGUAUAUCUCCGCAAGCUUUCUGAUGAGGAGCAGCCCCUGCGUCUCCGGCUACUAGCUGGUCCUAGUGAAAAAGCACUGAGCUUUGUCCUGAAGGAAAAUGAAACUGGAGAAGUCAAUUGGGAUGCCUUUAGUAUGCCUGAGCUACAGAACUUCCUGCGUAUCUUGCAGCGUGAAGAGGAAGAGCAUAUUCGACAGAUCCUGCAGAAAUAUUCCCAUUGCCGCCAAAAGAUGCAAGAGGCUCUGGCCACCCGCACACCAGGUUGACAAGGUGCUCCAUCCCAGACCCAGCACUCCAGUAAAUAUAAGAUGCCAGAUGCAGAGAAGUGGUGAAGCCAAGAAGACUACGAGUGAAGCGAUCCUGCGAUUGUGUGGGUUGAAUGUAUCUCUGGAGGGGCGUAGGGUGGGAAGGGACAACAGGGGUUUGUGAGCCCGUGACUGGUGCAUGUGUGUGUGCUCUCCACGGAGUGAGUGGUUAAUAGAGAUGUUGCAUGCAUGAUGCAAUGGGAUCAGUUGGGGAAGUAAGGAAGUGCCUGUGGUAUGUGUUUGAAGAUGAGAAUUUGAGUAGCCUUGCUACAGCAGCUACUUUCAAAGUGCCAGGAUGCUAAUGCCACUUUUAUACCUACAGUGUGUCCAAAUGAGGGUUAUGUGGACUUGGUGUAAAGAUCACUUGAGAUUUAACAUAAGCAAAAUAAAUCAAAGUGGCCUCAAACUCUGAUGUAUUCCCAAGAAGGGAGGUGGCCUUAGAAAGCACCUUCCUUCAAAAUAUCAUUUUUGUAUUUCUAUUGGAAUCAAACUUUGAAAGGCCCAUGGAUUGAUCUAUAUGUUCAAUCAUGUCUUUAUUUGUCGAGAUUGAUACUGAUUCAUAUAACAGUAAGACUGCUAGCAGAAUAGAACUACCUGCCUAUAUGGACUUUGCUCAGACUGUGGUCAUAAAAAACAAUGAAGAAAAAGUCUGUUGACUCCCAUCUCAGAUGGAUCUGAAUAGGAGUCAAGAGUAAUUGAACCAGAAUCAAAAAAUGCCAAAGGAAACUCUGAUUAGCAGAACCCAAAGAAAAGGCAGAGUUCCUGAUUAUUUUUCUGAUACAUAGGAAAGGACAUGCAGACCAAAAUGCACCAUAAUUGCAAUAAAAAUAGUAUCUAGAAAUUAUAUUUGGACUAUGGUUGAUUCCUCAGAAAAAAAUGACUAUAAAAAACAAUAUAAUAUAGAAUAGUAUGGUAAGAGCAGUGAUCAAGGACCCCCAAAUAACCCAUGGAAGAAGGAACAGAGAGACACUUUUUAUUGCCCAGACAGAAUUUUGUCUCUAGUUAUUAAAAAUCUGAAAACCAGGGAUGUAACAUCAUCAAGAUUCAGGUUUCUCUUCUGCUGAAGGCAACCAUAGCUUUGGCCACCCUCCUUUAUAUGUUGCAAUCUCUCAUAGACAUGCAUGAGAGGCAUUGGUGUAUGUCUUGAAAGGCAACCUUGACUUUGGCACGACCUGGCACUACUACUCUGUGUAGUAGCUGAACUUCAUUGGUGGAGGGGGUAUUUGUACUUCAAUAAGUGUUUGUUCUUUUUAAAGUCCGAAACACUCUGAAACACUCUCCAGACCAGGUAUCCACAGGAAAAUGGACCUCCUAGUCUUGGCUGACCCUUCUGGAGAGUAGUUUUUCAAAUCAGGACUGUCUUGUUAUCUGUCUUGAGAAUCCAAUGGAUUAAAAACCUUGGGGGCUCAGGUUAUGAAUGGCGCUGCUUGUAUACAAAUCAAUAAAAGAUUCAGGGGUGAGAAA